GAUAUACUGUACAUUAAAUAAUACAGUAUCUAAUUUAGUGGAGCUGCUGAAUUCAGUCAGUGGUGAUCCAUAUGCUGCUUAUCUGCUGAUUGGUCAAGGACAAUCCUGUACUUCGAACCAACUUUCCCACCCACCAGUGGACUCAGUAGAAACAAUUUAAGAACAACUUUUGAAGGAAGUAAAGGUUUCUCAGUUAAACUCAUCCACCCCCCACCCCACCAGGUCCCUGAAGUCUAAUACUUUUAUUUCCUCUGCCUCCUAUCCCAUCUUUUGGAACAUGAUGAUUUGUCAUCAUUUCUGCAACAUGGUUUAAGCCUGCAUUUCAGCCAGGCUUUGCAGACAUGAAAGUCCAACAUAUCUGGAGCACACAAAGUUGGGGAAUGUUGAUUUAAACUUUAGUUGGGAGAACUUGUAUUCAUGUUAUGACAGCAUAUGUUGUUCAGUAAAUCCAGUAUAAGCAAGUGUGUGUCGGCCUAUCAUACACAGUCAUACUCAAAAUACCUUUAUAUUUUGGAGGACAUAUUUAGGAAUACAGUGAUGGUGUCCUUGUCGAAUAGACUUAUGAAUGAACAAAUAAUUGGGUGGAAAGACAGAUCUCUGCUGCCCACCUCCUUAACAGGUGAAGAUCAGUUAAAAGUGACCCUUUGGUGUUGCUAAAUGACUGAGUCCUUGAAUCACUUUUGGUUGUUUCAAUCUCCCUUCAUUCCAUCUCCAAAAUGAGCAAAAUGUGCUACUUUCUCCAAGGUUUCCAAUGGACUCACAAAUCAGUGUAAAGUAUAUAGAAACAAGUUACAACUUGAAGAGUUCACUAGCUUCCUCCAUAAAUCUAUGUAUUUAAUUGGUUCUGAUUUAGCUCUUUUGAGCUGAAAGAAGCCAGGAUCUUGGGAACAGGUAGCAUUAAACUGAAUAAGGUUACUUCGGAGUGGCCAUGUACUGUUAGGCAUCCAGUAGCUGGGCAAUCACCUCCUGCAAACCUUUCCAGAUUGGGUCUCUCCCAGACUGCAGCUUUUAGGAUUCCCAUAUUAUGUUGCUCUUCAUCUUUUAGAAUGCCUGAGGAUUAUGGGCCCUUGUGCCCAAGGCGAUCUGGAAGGUAGUAGGUCGGGAAGGCUACAGCGACACAGUGAAGUAUCUCCCGUCUCUCCUUCAGCUUUUUGAACCUCCUGGCAGAUAAAUCUAUGUACCAGAAGGAUCAUGAUUAAUUUUCUUUUCGGCCUUUGUCCGCCUUGGACAAGACAGGAGUCGCCUCAGGGCAUCCAAGAACCGCGAUCCUCCGCCGUGAAAGGAUCGGUCGGUCCACGAUCCCGCCGCGCUCUCCACCUCGCCUCGGUCCCUCCCUGUCCUUUUGACAGACACCGCCGGGGGCUUCGCAGACCGCCGCGGCCCCGGAAGCUGGAUACGACAAUGUUACGAUGUUCGCAGACUGAGCUAGCCAAAGGGGAAACAUGAGAAGACGCGGCUAUUCACGUUCCCGGGCUAGGGCGCUCCGGUCUGGACAAUAAAGACGAGCAGCCUCCGCCGCCGCGGGGCGAGAACUCUCGCGAGCGGUGUGCGUGCCGAAAGCGUGUGGCGGGAGCUGGGAUGGGAGAAGGGAAGAGCGGAGCCAAGCAAACCAACGAACAAGCACGCAGUCAGACCGAAUCCCGGCCCCGCAGCAAUCGCAGCUCCCAACAGCCGCCAGCGCGCGCCUGUCCCCGCUGACCGGAACUGCCUGCCCGCACCCAGCCGGCCUGCUCUCUCCUGAAGGACGUUGCCACCCGCCAGCCAUGAACACCAUCGUCUUCAACAAGCUGAGUGGCCAAGUGCUCUUCGAAGAAAGUGCCAAGGAGCACGAGAGAAACAGCAGCCGGCCUUACGGGCCAGUCUUAGAGGUCACCCCUCGCCCGGAGGUCCUCCUGCCCGACCGUCCUCCCAAUAAAGACAACCUCACGGUUCGCCAUAAGAAGACUGGCGCCCGGCAGAACAGUGGGAAGGUGAGACACAAGCGCCAGGCUCUGCAGGAUAUGGCACGACCAUUGAAGCAGUGGUUGUAUAAGCACCGGGAUAAUCCCUACCCAACUAAGACAGAGAAGAUCUUGCUGGCUCUUGGCUCCCAGAUGACUCUGGUCCAGGUGUCUAAUUGGUUUGCCAAUGCAAGGCGGCGUCUUAAAAAUACUGUCCGCCAACCGGAUCUCAGCUGGGCUUUACGAAUAAAACUAUACAAUAAGUAUGUUCAAGGAAAUGCUGAGCGGCUUAGCGUAAGCAGUGAUGAUUCAUGUUCUGAAGAUGUUGAAAACCCUCCCCGAAAUGAAGGAGAAUACAACACCCAGGUUCACCAUGCUGUGAUUAAAACAGAAAAUCCUGUCAUAAAAUCUGGAGCAAAACCAGAAGGAAGUGCCAGUGAGGAUUAUGUAGCCCCUCCUAAAUACAAAAGCAGCUUAUUAAAUCGCUACCUGAAUGAUUCGGUGACACAUGUCAUGACCACAGAUGCAGACCUGAUGGAAAAAACAAGACAAAGGAAUCAUUCUGGAUCAUUCAGUUCUAAUGAGUUUGAAGAAGAACUGGUGUCGCCAUCCUCCUCUGAGACUGAUGGAACUUUUGUCUACCGGACAGAAACUCUGGAGAAUGGACCUAACAAGCGUGAAAGUGCAGUGAACAGGAAAAUAUCAAGCAAAGACGAGACGUAUUGGAAGGAGAUCAAUGCAGCAAUGGCCUUAACCAAUCUUGCCCAGGGAAAGGACAAACUGCAGGGUACAACCAGCUGCAUCAUUCAGAAAUCUUCACACAUAUCAGAAGUGAAGACUGUCAAAGUUCCACUGGUGCCAAUGCCAUUUUAAGAGAAAAAGUGAUUUACUUAACUUUCUCUGUGUGGAUUUUUUUUCAUGCUGUUCGUUUUCUUGUAAGAUCACAAAAGAUCUAGAAUAGGGCUUGAAGCUCCUAUUGUAGUCUGUGACAGUAAGGACGAAUAAGAAUAAGUGUAGCUCAUCGGAAAGGUCUCACCAGCAAGCACUAGCAAAAUGAUCCUGAGGAGGUUGUGUGGUUCUCGUUCAUUUUCUUGUUUGUGAUGUAAAAGCUAUUCCCAAUUAAUUGUGUUCUGUUAUGGUACAGUGAUCAAGAAAUAUUCUCUCAGGCUAAAUAGUUUGUUUCUUAAAUAACUUGUCAAAUAUGGAGGGACAUUCCCUGCUUUUUUCUUUUUAAGUCAAAUUAUUAACUUAUUUUAUUGUAUUAAUCAAGCUGCACAUUAACCAUCUGCAUUGCUAUAACAAUAAGUGCCUUGCUUUCUUACAGUAAGCUACAACGUGGGCAUAGCUUUAGACAUCUGUGCCUCAAAAUGUCAAUAACCCAACACUUAACCUUGCAUGUAGUUCCAAGUGCAUCCUGACCGUUCGAAGCUGACGUCAGAAAGCAUAUUAAUAAUGUUAUAAAAGCCCUCAAACUUUUGAUUUAUUUGAAUUAGAGACCCAGCAAUAUCUAAAGUGAAAUUGCUAUAUUUUACCAUGAAAGAAAAAUUGAUUGAUACCAAGCAAUACUCUGCUUUGCUCAAGUGAAAUCAAAUUGCUAUGUUUUGUUACCCAUAGAAUUAUUUUGAUAAGUGCAAUAUUAUGGCUUCAAGAGCUUGAGAUCCAGAUUUAAAAAAGAAAUAAACUUCAUUCGUUUUAAGAAGAGCUCGAACAGCAAGGACAUUUAUAGAAGAUGUGAAGCAGCCUCUCUUUGAGGUGCUUUGCAGUCUGGAUGUUGUUGUCUCUCAAAACGAUUUUAAAAUACAGUGCCUCUCCUCCGGCUGACUGCUGUUUUGGCUCUUAUUAUUGUUGAGUGUGAGAGCAAGAUAGCAGCUCACAGAGAAAUUAAAUCUCACCUAUGAAAAUGUUCCUCUUCUUAGCUUUAUAUAGUGCUUAAUUUUUUUUUACAUGAAAACGUAUCCUUUGACAGCUUAAGUUGUUCUUGUUGCAGCAAAGCUAUCAAUAAAUCCAAUGUAGAUCCCUUCCUUUUAAAGUCUCCUUUAGAUUUAUUGAAACUGUUAUGUAAGUAAACAAAGCAGCUCACUUUUUUUGGUACCAAGUCAAUCUAUGCUUCAGUUUAUUAUUUACAUUGGAGCUCUGUAACUUUCCACGACGGAAACCGUUAUUGCCUUAAUGCAUCCAAAAUGUUUUUUAUUUUGGUAUGGAAUGUAUCAAAUGAAGGCAAUCCCCAUUUCAAUGAAGGAAAAAUGGCAUAAUGAAAUCUAUAUAUUAUAUAAAGUGAAAAGCCUGAAUUAAAAACAUGUGGGGUACACAGCAGACAAACAAUUGUGGCACUGACUCAAUUUAAAGUUAAAAUAGAUGCUAAAUUAGGCAUUAAAAACAACAUUUUAAACCUCUAGAUUUGACUGCCAUUGAGUCAAGUGAAUUGUAUAAAAUAGUUUUUAUGGAGGUAUAUCAAAUUUUUCUUCAACCAUCCAAAAAUGUUCUAAUCAGGUUCCCUCCCCUAUGUAAACAACAGUAAAGCCCCAAAUAGUUUAUAUUGAGUGGUAAAAGAAAAUUAGAGAAAAAAGUUGAUUGCUAGAAUUUAGUUUAGCAAGGUUGAAACCAAGCUUAUUUUCCUUUAAUUGCUUGAAUGUUACAUUUGAAUAACAAUAUCCAGACUAAAUUGUAAACCUAGUUUUGAGAAAAUAUCAUUUAACCUCCAAUCUUGUUUUUCUCCCCAGCCCAGUUAUAGCCAAUGAAAGGGAAAAAAGGAAAAAUCAGUAUAUGUUAGCUGAUAUGGACAAGGCAGAAUCGCUGUAUAAUUCCUCAUGUCUCACCUGAUAGCAAUAGCAAUAACACCUAGACUUAUAUACCGCUUCACAGUGUUUUACAGCCCUCUCUAAGCGGUUUACAGAGUCAGCAUAUUGCCCCCAACAAUCUGGGUCCUGGAAUGGAAUUCUCUCUCUACAAGGAGUGGGUGACAUGUACCCCAUGCAGUCUUUAAAUCUUUUUGGGCAGUAUUUAAAUCCCUCUUGACCAUAAUUGCCAAAAAUGCAAAGCAUCCUUCCCACCCCUUCCAAAUGUAAAAAACAUGAAAAUGGUAAUAUAAUUCCUAAUAUAGAAAUAUCCCAUCGAAAAGAACAAGGGACAGCCCUUCCCUCCUAUUCUGCCCUGACCAUUUGAUGGUCAGGGCAUGGUUCCAUCAUGUGGCAAUCAUGUUGUGACCCCUUCAACACUGAGGUCCUUAGACUCCCUGAAAUGUUCAAUAUCCACCAGAAUGUUGCCUACUUUUACCUGAUACUGUCAGGUUUAUAUAUCCACAAGGUGUUCUUUGUUUACAGAACUCCCAGCAGAAGAGCAGAUAAGAAUGAAUUAAGACCUUUACAUGUUCAUAUAGUCUGCACAGAAUUCUUUUAAGACUGUAUUGCUAGUUUUCUGGACUCUUUGCAGUAUAACCAAUCAAAGUAAGCCAGAUUUCAGUAUUAAAUCUAAAGUGGAUUGCAAAAUCAACCAGGUUUCGGUCUUAAUCCUAAACUCCAUUGGGAAGGUUAGGUAACCUUGUGGAUAAUUCAAAUCUUUCUGUUUUAAACAAAACCUAUCACAUCUCUAAAUCGACCACUUCUAAUUUCAUGAGCGCGGAGGGCAUUAUGUAGGGUUCCUUAUAUGGGGAAGAUAAGUGGGGAUUAAAUUGUGCAAAAUUUCCAAAAGAAGCUUUCUAAAGCAGGGGUCUCCAACCUUGGCAACUUUAAGACUUGUGGACUUCAACUCCCAGAAUUCCUCAGCCAGCAAAGCUGCCAAGGUUGGAGACCCCUGUUCUAAAGCAUGUAGCCAUCCUGUACAUGUGGAAGCAGUGGAUAUAGGCUACAGAAGAUUUACCCCCAUUGCGUUCCCUCUACGUAGAGGGAAGUUCCUAGAAAUGCAAGAGGGACAGGGGAACCAACCCUUGAUGAAGCUAACUUUCAGGUAUGCAGGUUGAUCUUCAAGUGUAGCCAGUUCCAAUUGCACUAAUAUAAAGUAGCAGGUAUCUGCCUUGAUGUAACUUGUAGAAUGCAUCUUGAUGUAUCAUAGCAUUUUGUGAUGAUGGUUAUUUCUAAACUGUAUAGUUAAAGUGAUUUGAUAUGAAAAAUAUAUAUAUUUUGUACACAAAUAUAUAUAUAUAUUUACUUUUUUAGGGAGUGUUUUCAUUGACAUGAAAAAAGCAGGAAAUAUACUGUAUGUUAUGACUGUAUGAACAGCAGAAGUUUACUUUUGAAUGAUUUACAUCAUUAUGCAAAAGAGAUUUCCCCACAUUUAUGGCCUUGACAACCAACCUACUGGAUUUCCUCAUAACAAUGUGAGUUUUUAAAAUAAAAACAGAGAGUAAGCGCUUCGCUUUAGUUCAUACUAUUGUAAAUUAUUCUGCUAUUAACUAUUUUGUGAAAAUAAAUUGUGUUGCCAAACUUUUCUGUAAGAUGUUUUCAGUUUUGUUUUGUUUAAAAAAUUCAAGUGAAUAACAGUAUCAACAAAAUUACUAAUAUGUGGAAGGAACAACCCAAAGAAUAAAUGUUACUAUACAAAAUAA